AUGCCACCUCCGUCUCCGCCGGCGAGCGGGCGCGCCCAGGUGCGCCGUGCCGCGCCCGGGCGGCGGAGCCCGCGGAGCCUGGCAGCCAUGGGGCCCGGAGAGGCGCUGCCCGCCCGCCCUUCCUGCAUGCGGGUCCGUGCUGUGCUCUCUUUUUCUUGCCCUGACUCCUGCCAGGCAUGGUGCCAGAUCAUCAACGUGCCUGAAUCACACUCUCCUCUCCUCACCUCUAUGGAGGGGACUGGCAAUGAAACAAACUGGAGCAUUUCCCUGCCUUCUGGAAGCAAAUACCACCUCUACAUUGGCUUGGCUUUGGCUAUAGGCUCCAGUAUCUUUAUUGGUUCUAGUUUCAUACUUAAGAAGAAAGGACUUUUAAAACUGGCAGACAGAGGAGUCACCCGAGCUGGACAAGGUGGAUAUUCUUAUUUGAAGGAAUGGCUUUGGUGGACUGGACUGCUAUCAAUGGGAUUAGGAGAAGCUGCAAACUUUGCUGCCUAUGCCUUUGCACCUGCAACCUUGGUUACCCCCUUGGGUGCCCUGAGUGUUCUCAUAAGUGCUAUACUGUCAUCCUAUUUUUUAAAUGAGAAGCUGAAUAUUCAUGGAAAGCUGGGAUGUGUACUGAGCAUUUUGGGGUCAACAGUCAUGGUUAUUCAUGCUCCAGAGGAGGAGGAGGUCACCUCACUAGAUGAGAUGGAAAGAAAGCUGCAAGAUCCAGCAUUUGUUACAUUUGCUGUUCUCCUGACAGUCGUUGCCCUUGUCCUGAUCAUUGUUGUGGCUCCAAAGAGAGGUCAGACAAAUAUAUUGAUCUACAUUUUAAUUUGCUCCCUCAUCGGUGCCUUCUCCGUCUCGUCUGUGAAAGGCCUGGGUAUUGCCAUUAAGCAAAUGCUGCAGGGGAAGCCAGCCUAUCGCCAUCCCCUGGUUUACAUUUUGGUGGGCAUCUUGGUGCUCUCAGUCAGCACUCAGAUCAGCUACCUCAACAAGGCCCUGGACGUGUUCAACACAUCCCUUGUGACACCCAUUUAUUACGUGUGCUUCACUACCACAGUGGUGACGUGCUCCAUCAUCUUGUUCAAGGAGUGGAGCAGUAUGGAACUGGGUGAUAUCAUUGGAACCCUGAGUGGAUUCUGCAGCAUCAUCAUUGGCAUCUUCCUGCUGCAUGCUUUCAAAAACACUAACAUCACCUGGAGUCAGUUGAUGUCCACUGUUGCCAAAGAAUCGUCACCGCCUCACCGUGAAUUUGAAACCAGUCACACUUUGCUGGAGAGUAUGGAAGACCCAGCUUUGGCAUAUGAGGAAGACAACAUUUUAUUUAGUCAGUGAAACACUCAGGAGUGUUCAUCAUCAAAGUAUCAUGAAUUGCAAACUCAGCCCACCCAUGUCUACUAGAAAGCUCCACUUUUCUGCCGUCCUCUGGAAAUUUGUCUGUGAGGUCUGUUAAGUGUGAACCACUCCUCUCUAUGUCAGCUGUUGCCAGUAAUGAGUGAACAUGGUCAGUAAUUAGCACAACAGACAGAAACCUGGUGGUGAUUAUAUGUUAGGUGAUGAAAAACGUGGUACUUUUUUUAUGCAGCGUCUCUUCCUGGGAAAUUUUAGAAAAAAAGAAUGUCUUUGUAAGCCAUGUUUAAAAAAUGCAAUUUUCUUUAGAUGAUAAAAGACAAUCCUUGCUGAAGUAGCAGGUACUCUGCUAUUAUCUUGGUGAUGGCCUUAAUAUUUCUGGCUUUCUUUAGAUUUUUAUAAUUUAUUGCCAAGCGAGCUUGUAGAUUCUCUACAUGAAGGAUAUUCAUUGGAGACAUAGUAUGAAGAAAACAGUGUUUAACCAUUUUAAUUUUUCAUAUAAAAUUUUAUGCAAGAUUUUUUCACUUUUGAUGACUGGCCAAUGAACAUUGAUUAGAUGGCACAAAAAAAUUUUAGCAAAUACAAUUCUUGAUACAUCUCAGGUUUUCUACCCAAGGAAUCCCUGAAUGUACCUGUACUUUUUUAUUUCAAAACUAAGACCAAGUUUAAGAAAAAAAAAAUUUCAUUAGAGGCCUGAAAACAGCUGCUACUGGCUUAAAAAGUUACAUGAGGUUGUAGAAUUAAGUAUUCAAAGGCAGGAGAAAACCAGAACAUGCAAUUGAAAAUUUCCCCUUUGUUUUACAUUAUUUUGAGGAUUACAAAGUGGCUUUACUUAUUUCCAUACUUCUUCCUAAUACAGCCAUCUAUUAAUUAGAACCCAUAUAGGCUUUUCAAAAUUUUCCUCAUUUUCUGGGAAGGUAUUGUUCUUUAUUAAUAAUAAAGCAGUCCUAUUAAUUUUUAUUCUUAGUGCAAAAUUCAUUCUACAAUCCAUACACUACUUCUAAAAAUACUACGUAGAGGAUGGGCUGUAGGCAAGGGGUGAGAAACAUCAGAAUGUCUCUUUUUUUUUUUGAGUUUGGACUUCUCUAAAAAAUAGUAUCCACGCCUUUUAGAUGUUUUACAAUAUGUUAACCUACCUUGAGGCCUUGAAGAUUGGUAACUGUACUGUAAUACUGUAGUUCCUCAGUUGUGGUCACUGGUCUUCCUGUCACAAAAAAGCUUGCACAGUCCAUGGUUUGCUCAUUACAAUCCUCUUUGUUUUCCACUUUGUAAGUAAGUAAGUAACUUCAGCAAUCAGAUGUGUGGUUGGUGACAAGCUCAUCAGAAAGCAGCAUUUCCAGUCUUUGGAUAUUUAGGUGUGAGUCCAAAAAGUUUGCCAGAGGAUGCCAGCACUUCAGCAGUUAAAAACUGGUUUUAAUCAGCUGAAAUUUAUAUGCCAAGCAGAACAUCCUCAUGAAGCAAGCUGUAUAUUUUCUAAUGUUCAAAAGGUUUAGUGGAAGACAGUUUGGAUGGAUAGAAAAUUGGUCUGCCAAAGAAAGUUCAUCCUUUACAAAAAGGUUGCUGCUUAUAUUUCAUAUAUUUGUGUGGCAUCACUGUUACCCAGCAAAAGGGGCAUUUUCACCAAGAAUGUACUUGCCUUCAAAAUAUAAUGACAUUGUAUACAUUAUCAAUUUGGAGUAUUUUUCAGCUUGAGUGAUGAAAUUCACAGCAAUUCUUUGCUGUUAAAAUGCUUGUGUUAAAAAAGCUUCAUACAAGAAAAUCUACUAACAGGGUUUCAUUACUUCUUAGUUAAUGUAGAGAAUACAUUGGUUUUAUUGACCAGAUUGAAGCUUCAAAAUCUUAAUAGUUAAAAAGAAGUAAUUCAAACAAUAAAAAGAAUAAAGAUGGAGGGGGUUUUAUAGUUUGUUCUUUAAUAAAAACUUGAAUUGCUUUUUACUCUGAAUUACACAAUUCAAAGAAUAACUGAAGAAAAUAUUGACUGCAAAAAAGAGAAAAAGAAAUGCUUUUGCAUAGUUUGUGGCUCCUUUAUUUGCUUAUAGAGUCAUCACUGUGAUGUGACCAAAUGAGUUAUUUGUAAGAAAUAGCAACCAGUCCAGUUCUUGAAUGGGUGUGCAUUGGUAUUUUUUAAAGAUAUGUCAUAAUACUUUAUUUGAGAAGGAUGUGGACUCCUUAUAUACCAACUGCUGGCAAUAAUUAGCUCAUACCAAGCAAAAUUCCUGUAUUUUCUACUGGACCUGUGUUUCUGCUGUUAAACAUAAAUAGCGACUAAUAUUAAAUGAAUGUUAUUUUCUAACAAUGUCAAAAAAACAA